AUGUCCCAGCGGAAGCGCAGCAAAGGGCUUGGCUACUCUCAGGUGAGAAGCCGUUCUCCCCUCAUUGUCUCUUCCAUUGUCCCCUUCUCGGUUUCGGUCCCUUCUCUAUCAUCAAAUUACCCCGCUUCUCCUGUCCUUUCCACUCAGAUGACCGAUGGGGAGGAUGAUUUCAUCCCGACCCAGGUGGAGCGGCGCUCCCAGGACCAGGUGAACCAGAAGGUGAGUGAGCUGGUGCAGUUCCUGCUUGUGAAGGACCAGAAGAAGAUUCCUAUCAAAAGGGCAGACAUGCUGAAGAAUAUAAUCCGGGAAUACCGGGAUGCCUACACGGAAAUCGUCAGGAGGGCGGACAGGACCCUGCAGGAGGUGUUCGGGCUGCAGCUGGUGGAGAUCGACACCAAACGCCACAUCUACAUCCUCAUCAACAACCUGCCCCGUGCUGAGGGCGAGUACCUGUGCAGGGGCAAGGAGAAGGAGAAGAUGGGGCUCCUCUUAGUCAUCCUCAGCUUCAUCUUCAUGAAGGGCAACUCAGUUAAAGACAGUGCUUUGUGGGAAUUCCUGCACCUGCUCCGUGUGUACCCAGGGAAGCAGCACAGCGUGUUCGGGGACGUCCGGAAGCUGGUGACAGAGGAGUUUGUGCGGCAGAAGUACCUGGAGACCACCCCCAUCCCCCUGACGGACCCCCCCGAAUUCAAAUACCAGUGGGGGCCACGGGCAGAAAAGGAAACCUCCAAGAAGGACGUGCUGAACUUCGUGGCCAAGAUGCAGGGCAAGGACCCCACAUUUUGGGCGAGCCAGCACAGCGAGGCCGAGGCCACCACGGCCACCACCUGACCUCCCCCCAAAAUAAAGGCACCCCGUUGGUGUGCAGCCCCCC